AUGAUUGUCGUGCAUCAUCCAUAUAUAGGUGUCCAUAAUAGGUAUGGCAAAUUUUUAAGUUUAAAUUUUUUUAAGUCCAAAGGUUUUAAGAUGGCUAUGCAAAAGGUUGAGCUAAAGAUAAAAGUAGGCGGAAUAUUAGAUGCAUGCCAACGUAUUGCCAGCGGAAAUGUGAAUAUGUGUGUCCACAAUAAUGAUGUAAAAACCCGCAUGGAUAUACUAAAAUACAUACUUGAGGGAAAUCUGGAAAUAGAAGGCAAGCACAGCGAAGAGGAGAGAAAGACUAUCCUAGAAACAAUCAAAAAAAGCAUGUAUCGAUACUUCAUAUACAACGAGAAUGGCGCAGAUGAUAUGGAGUAUCUACAUCACGGACUAAUCUCCGGCAACGAAGAACUAGUUAAAACUAGAGGUGCGUGGUUGAUCAACAGCCUGGUAAAACCAAAUCCAUUUAUAUACAAUCCAAGGCAUGGGGUUUACAAGAAGUUCGAUAAGGAUGAAAAGCUUGAAAGCAUAUACUUGCAAAAGGGAGAACUCGACACGAGCACUAGAACAUACACACUGGAGAUUGAUGAUGCAAAGUUUUCAGACCUGGAGGGCUUACUUCGGUUUACGUCAGAGGCUCUCGACAGAGAAUCUUUCGCUUACAUUACUGGUCUAAUGCAUAUGCUGCGAUUUAUCGCGAAUUUAGAUAUGAGCGUUUUAAAAGAAUAUACAGAAGAAAGCGGCUAUCACACUCUCGAUGAGCUGUACAGCAAAACAUACGAAAAAACUGAUGUACCGCUGAUAGACUACGGGAUGAAGAUUAUCUGCGACAAAUGCCAGGAGAUUGAAAGGCUGAUCAGCCUAGUUAAAGAAAUGGACGCAUGCUCCAACGAUCCGCGGGAUAUAGUCAAUCAAAUCAAUGAUGUGCUGGGCCCUGGAGGCGUGGAAAUAGUCAUUUCCAUCAUGGACAAUCUGGAAAGCAUUAUGCAUGAAAGGGGAAUUCAGAAACGUGUGUUCAAAGUGUUGGAGUACAUGGCGAAUAACUUCCUAUUUUUCAACAAAAAAAAUAACUCAAAUGAGUUGUCGAUAAAUAGCGACCUGGUCCGCUUCUACGAAAAGUGUGUAACCAAAGGAGACUUGCUGAAAAUAGUGGACGGAAACAGAGAAAUAAUAGCUAAAGAGUUCAAAAUAAAGGAUGAAGCAGCAGACCAAGAGCAGGCAAAGUACAAAGAGCUAGAAGCAGACUUGAAAAAGUGGAUGCAGGAGAAUGAAAACACUCUUGAUCCACAGGACUACGAGCAGAAUGAAAACACUCUUAUUCCACAGGACUACGAGCAGAAUGAAAACACUCUUGUUCCACAGGAAUACGAGCAGAAUGAAAACACUCUUAUUCCACAGGACUACGAGCAAGUGCUAGGAGAAAAAAGAGAGAAAAUGGCACAGUUAAAACGCACCAUUAACAAUCUCGAUCAUGACGUGUACUUCUUAGAAUGCGCUAGGAUAAGAGAAAACAUAGAAUGCGGCAACAUUAUCGAGUUUCUGGAGCGAAAAGACUUGAUGUCUCGUAUGAGCAUAGGCCAGCAAAGCUAUCUCCUCAGAAAGAUAAAAGAGUUUGCAGAGACGCUGAACAUAAGAGUAGAAGCAUCUGAGGCACAUAAAAUAGUGGAAGUAGAUAUGCCGGAGGAAAAAAAGACCUCCUUAACAAAAUUCACGCAGAAAAACAUAAUUAAAAUGUCCGCACUGGGCUUUGUUUUUAUAACGCUGUUAAGUUUGCUUGGCUAUUCAAAGAGUGAAGCAAAUAGCAUUGCCAAUGAAGAUAUUUUAUCGCGCUGUGAAAACAUGGAAUACGAAGAAGAACCACUGGCUAAGAAACAGAAAAAGAUCUAG